AUGGCAAAAAUAUUCUGCUCCAGUGAUUCAAUUGUUGUGGCAGCAGAUACAACUCUUUUUGUUUUUCAAUAUGCCAUUACUGAUGCUAAUCUUCAUAUAGAGCUGACAAGGACUGUUGAUGUUGAUAUCAAGCUGACGACUGUCCCAGAUUCAGAAGUUGUCGAGGAUGACGACGAAAACGCUGCAGAAGCAGUCAAUUCUUUGAAUGAAAAAAAACAGAAGUUGCCGGAGGCUGAAAAACAGGUUUUAGACGGUCACUUCUCUGCAGAUGGUAUGUUAUUUGCAGUCGUUACUUCUAUGAAAACUUGCGUUGUUUACGAUACAACUAGAAGCUGGGAAUUGAAAUGUGCUCCUUUUCGGCUACCAAAAGCACCAACAUCCGUCGUUUUUGAUUCCACGUCUACCUGGGUCAUUGUGGGCGAUCGAGCUGGUAGCGUGAUCCGAUAUGGUUUAGAGGCUUCUGAAAAGAAGGAAGAAGCGGUGGACGGUAAGAGAGGAGAACUGUUACUUGGUCAUGUUUCUAUGGUUCUUGAUAUUGCAAUCUCACCUUGUGAUCGAUACAUAGCCAGUUCGGAUCGGGAUGAAAAGAUUCGGAUAUCUCGUUAUCCUCAGACGUUUGUUAUACAUCGAUUUUGUCUUGGUCAUGAAUCUUAUGUUAACUGUGUUACGUUUGUGAAAAACUUGCUUUUUUCUUCAGGAGGAGAUGGCACUGUUCGUGUUUGGCACACCGACGAUGGAAGUUUAACAGCUGUCUGCAACUUCUUUGUCAAUUGCCGAAUUCGUGUUACUCGGAUUUUGCCAUCUGGAGAAGAUAUUUUUACUAUAAUUGUCCUUUGUGAAGAAAGUGAUUUUAUUGAUAUAGUUCGUUUCGAUUACACUCAGAAAACAUUUAUCAAAUCUGUCACGUUGGCUGCUGCAGAACGGGUGACAGAUGUGGAUUUUUUGCCGCAAAGUAGAAGUUUCGUUGUUCUUACAAGAGGAGGGUUUUAUUUUGGAUUUGUGGAGGAGAAUCCUCAAAUGAAAGCUGUUGCCAAUUUUGCUUCUGAAGUCAAAACUCUUCUGAAGAGUGCCAAAGAAAUUUCAUUAUCUCUGGAAAAGAGGAUUGGUUUUAACAACGUUGAAGAGUAUCAUCAAAGGAAGAAUGAGAGAAUCUUGAAAAGAAAAAGACCAUUGGAAUCACCGAUUAAUUAG